GAAACACUGCAGCAAAGCGGCAUGGCGGUUCUUGCUGGUUGCAGAGUCCUGUCUCAGGCUUUUCGGUCCCAAACGAACAGUCUUGACGGAGUUUGCAGAUUGCAGGACGCUAUUAAUCAUGCAUUCGGUAACAAAAUACAUUAUGUCCGUUCUGCAGCGCAUGGAGGAGUCCGUCAAUACAGCUCAGACUCGAAGUCCGGAGACGACCUAAUCGUUAGAUAUUUGGACGGUGAUGAUUCAGGAAUUGUAGUCUUCGGCCUCAAUCGACCAAAAGCGAAAAACGCCAUCAGCAAAAAUCUUGUGAAUCUGAUGUCUGAAGCAGUAGAAUCUGUGAAGAAGAACAACAAAGUACGCACAGUGGUCAUAUGCAGUAUGGUGCCUGGAAUAUUCUGUGCAGGGGCGGACCUCAAAGAGAGAGCAAAAAUGCACCAGAGCGAAGUGGGACCGUUUGUUACGAAAGCUCGGGGCUUAAUCACUGAACUUGGUAAUCUCCCGAUGCCCACGAUUGCAGCCAUCGAUGGAGCCGCUUUGGGUGGAGGCCUUGAAAUGGCAUUGGCCUGUGAUAUCAGAGUAGCUUCUAACUCUGCAAAAAUGGGUUUGGUUGAAGCAAAGUUAGCCAUCAUUCCUGGUGCAGGGGGCACCCAGAGACUCCCGAGGGCCAUCGGCGUGGCCCUGGCCAAGGAGCUGAUUUUCGCAGCGCGGGUAGUUGACGGCACGGAGGCCUGCAAGCUGGGGCUGGUCAGCCACUCCGUGGAGCAGAACAAAAGUGGCGACGCAGCCUACCACAGGGCCCUGGAACUGGCCCGCGAAUUCAACCCACAGGGACCUAUUGCAAUCAGGAUGGCAAAGCUGGCAAUCAACCAGGGGAUUGAGGUGGACCUGAAGACAGGUCUAGCUAUUGAAGAAGCUUGCUAUGCCCAGGUUAUUCCGACGAAAGACCGUCUCGAGGGCCUGGCCGCCUUCAAGGAGAAGAGGCCCCCACGCUUCAAGGGAGAGUGAGCGGAACCGACCGGAGGCAGUCAAAGCCCCUUUCCCUCUCCAGCGAGCGUCUGUGUAUCUCUCCAUCACCACUAUUGUUAUGGCGACAACGUUUGCUAGUACCUUCAGCCAGAUGUGAUGGAGCAGCCAGACCACAGUUUCCUUCUCCCAGAGGAGGGGGGUC